UCGGUCCUUAAUCUGUGGUUCGCUAAAUUACUUUGAAUUGAAGAAGAAAAUAAUGAGCGUUGACGAACACGACGGUCUCGGAGGCGUCGCUGCUCAUGGUCUUCACUCAGAGUAUGGGGACUUCCUCCUCCGCAACAAUGGCGACAAGGUCAAUAUUGAGAUGCUAAAGGGGAAGAAUCUGGGGUUAUAUUUUUCAGCAGCAUGGUGUGGCCCAUGCCAAAGGUUCACCCCUUCUUUGGUUGAAGCAUACAACGAGCUAUCUUCUAAAGGCAAUUUUGAGAUCAUUUUCGUGUCAGCUGAUGAUGAUGAGAAGUCUUUCAAUGAGUAUUUCUCUAAGAUGCCAUGGCUUGCUAUCCCAUUUUCUGAUUCAGAGAGAAGGGAUCGCUUGGAUAGCUUGUUCCAAGUGAGUGGCAUACCCCAUCUCAUAAUCCUUGAUAGCAAUGGGGAACUCUCUACUGAUAGCGGAGUCGACUUCGUACGAGAAUACGGAGCCGAGGCAUAUCCUUUUACCCCAGAUCGAAUCGCUCAAUUGGUGAGCCAAGAGGCCGUGGCUAGAAGGGAACAGUCCUUGAGAUCCAUCAUGGUCUCUUCUUCACGUGAUUUUGUAAUAUCAUCCAAGGAAGAGAAAGUACCUGUCGCUGAGCUUGAAGGGAAGGUAGUGGGUCUGUACUUUUCAAUAUUUUCAUAUGAACGAUGUAUGGCUUUUACACCAAAGCUUGUGGAUGCUUAUGAGAAACUGAAAGCAAAAGGGGAGAGAUUUGAAAUUGUGCUGAUAUCCCUUGAUCAAGAUGAAGAAUUGUUUAAAGAAGGUUUAAGAAAUGUUCCUUGGCUUGCAUUACCUUUCAUAGAUAAGAGAUGUGAUAAGCUGGUUCGAUAUUUCGAGAUUUCGACGCUACCGACCUUGGUUAUGAUUGGACGAGAUGGAAGAACUCUUCAGUCCAAUGUUGUUAAUGUUGUCGAAGAACACGGUUUUCUGGCAUAUCCUUUCACCAAGGAAAGGUUUGCUGAGCUUGCAAAGCUUGAAAAGGAAAAAGAGGAAGCUCAAACGUUGGAGUCGGUCUUGGUUUCGGGGGAUCGUGAUUUUGUCAUCGACAACAAUGGAACCAAGGUACCGGUGUCAAGUCUGGUGGGGAAGAACAUCCUCAUCUACUUCUCAGCAGAUUGGUGCCCACCAUGUCAUGCAUUUCUGCCAAAACUCAUUGAAACAUAUCACAAUAUUAAGAAGAAGAAUGGUAAUCUGGAAGUGAUCUUCAUCUCGUGCGACAAGGACGAAGUAUCGUUCGAAAAACUAUUAUCUCGAAUGCCGUGGUUAGCCAUUCCCUUUGGUGACCAAAGGAAAGCAUUGAUAAGGCGUAAAUUCAAGGUCCAAAUGGAAAGUAUCCCAGUGCUUAUAUGUAUCGGAGCGGAUGGGCGCACGGUUACGAAUGAUGCUACACAACUCGUUUCAAUUUAUGGCGCUAAGGCUUAUCCUUUCAGUACCGGUCGAGCUGAAGAGUUGAAGUCGGAAACUGAGUUGAUGACAAGGAAUUUGCCUCAGAAUGUUAAGCAUGUACUCCAUGAAGGACAUCUUCUUUCGCUUACGCCUCGAAAAGGAUACGUGUGCGACGGAUGUGAAAAGGAAGGACGUGUAUGGUCGUAUUGUUGCAAGAGGUGCGAUUUCGAUCUCCAUCCCGAGUGUGCUUUGGAAAGGAAUCCAGAAUACCAGAUGGAUAAAUGGAGAAUUUGUGGUUGAAGGUAACUACUUCGUUCAUCAUAUUGAUAUUUAAAAUGGUCGUCUCACUUUUCUUACCAAUCUUGUGUGCAUUUCUGUUCCUUUCUCAUAUCUGUAGCUGUUUAUGUUUAUCUUCUCACUCGUUGUGAAUGCUUAUUUGAGAUCUCAACAAGUUCUAUGUAUGAUGCCUCGGGUAUUCUAUGU